GGUGAAGUGUUCCGGCGGAGCAGCGGAAAGGCUGCCGGUUCUGUGAUUCAUCGCAUCUGCCGGUGCCGCCAUUAAAGAAAGGAAUUAAUGGAGGAGCUCUCCGGGUGCUCUCAAAAGCCUCGCUCGUUUGGCGUUCAUGUCGGUGGACGCUUGCGGGGGAUGAUGGGCUCGGCUGCUGUCUCAGUCUCGGUCUGUGUUUGAUGAUGGUUGUUUUUGCUUUCGGAGGUCGAGGUGUCUGACUGUCCUUGGUGUACGCGAGCUCGGGCAGCCAAUGCCGGAUGUUUUUGGCGUAAUCUUUUUGUUCGGUCGGAGACGCAGUGCUCAGGCGUUGGCAACCUGGAGUUUCGGAGGAGAGAUGCGAAUUUAGGGGGGUAAAUGAGUGUUGAUGGUUGGCAGUCCUGCUAUUUGAAGACAACGGUGCGACAUUUCUCUAGCAGAUUUUGUUUGAUUAGGGCUUCAUGCAGUGAUUCUACAAAAUAGAGGAAGGCGCCUGACUGUAUUGUAAAGGUCAAUCAAUUUUGUUUUCCUAAAUGAUGCCGUCGUGUUUCUUUUCUGUUUGAUUUCAUCGCGGAGCAGUGAACCGGAAAGGGAUAGCUAUUAGCUGUUAUCUUUUCUCUCGAGCAAACGGAGAUGCAUUCGCUUAGUAGUAGAUUAUGUGCUGGUGGAGUGAUAGUUCUGAUAUAGAAUCUGCAGUGCCGAUAAAGAAAUUUGUUUGCAUCAUAUUCGGUUGGGCUAUUAGCUCCAAGGAGGGUGAUCCUGGUGAAACUUGAUCAGCAAUGCCAAGCAUUAGAGCUCCAUCAUCAAAAAGGACUGCAAGUCUAUUGGUGGCAGUAAAAUGCAGACCACUGACUGAAGCAGAACAAAAGCAGUGCAGGCAUAUUAUUCAAGUUACGGAUGAUAAGAGCUUAAUUGUCUUAGAUCCUGACCUGUCAAAGGACUAUCUUGACCUCAUACAAAAUCGGACUAAAGAAAGAAGAUAUAACUUUGAUCAUGUAUUUGGACCUGGUUGUUCCAAUGUGGAUGUUUACCGAAACAUAUCAUCAACCAUUGCUGGUGUCAUUCAAGGUCUUAAUGCCACUGUAUUUGCAUAUGGCUCAACAGGAAGUGGUAAAACUUACACAAUGGUUGGAAUCCCCAAAGACCCUGGACUCAUGGUCCUUAGUUUGCAUACCAUAUUUGAUCUUAUCAAGAAGGAUAAGACUUCAGACAUUUUUGAAGUAUCUUGUACAUAUCUCGAAGUAUAUAAUGAAGUUAUCUAUGAUUUGCUUGAAAAAUCUUCAGGCCAUUUGGAACUUAGAGAAGAUCCCCAACAUGGUGUUAUAGUUGCUGGUUUAAGAAGCAUUAAGGUUCAGUCAGCUGACAGGAUUCUUGAAUUGUUGAAUCUUGGAAAUAGUAGGCGCAAGACUGAAAGCACUGAAGCAAAUGCAACCUCAUCACGUUCGCAUGCAGUACUGGAGAUUAGUGUGAAAAGAAAGCAGAAAAAUCAGUAUCAGAGUCGGGUUCUCCGUGGAAGACUUGCAUUAGUUGAUCUUGCUGGCAGUGAAAGGGCUUCUGAGACUAAUAGCGGAGGCCAUAAGUUGAGGGAUGGAGCUAAUAUCAAUAAGUCACUCCUUGCUUUGGCAAAUUGCAUAAAUGCUCUAGGAAAGCAACAAAAGAAGGGUCUUGCAUAUGUCCCUUAUCGCAACAGCAAGUUGACUCGUAUCCUAAAGGAUGGACUUAGUGGUAAUUGCCAAACAAUAAUGGUUGCAACUAUAUCACCUGCUGACGAUCAAUAUCACCACACUAUCAAUACACUGAAAUAUGCUGAUCGAGCUAAGGAGAUCAAAACCCAAGUCCAUAAAAACAUAGGGACAGUUGAUACUCAUGUUGCAGACUACCAACGGAUGAUUGAUAGUCUCCAGAUUGAGGUUUGUCGACUCAGAAAGGAGUUAGCUGAAAAGGAAUCACAGUUGAGCACAAAACCUGCAGAAAGGGCUUCGGAUGAUGAACAUUCAUGUUUGAAUAUGUUAAGUCGUGAAACAAGUGAGAAUGUACAGGAACACAUAAAUCUACAGAAGGCUCUGUUUGAGCUUGAAGAAACUAAUAUACGCAAUCGCACUGAGCUUCAACGUCUUGAUGAUGCUAUUGCCAUGCAAGAGGUUACAUCUGGAGUCGAGAAAGAUGGAGCUGUUGUGCGAGCAUUAAGAUCAAGGAGACAAGUUAUCUUGGACAACAUCCGUGAUAAUGAUGAAGCUGGUGCUGCUUAUAGAAAGGAUAUACAGAUCAAUGAAAAACAUCGAAAUCAGCUACAAAAUAUGAUUGAUGAAGCCAUCAACAACAAUGGCAACAAAACAUAUCUCCAGAUUCUUAGCCAAUACCGACUUCUUGGUAUGGCAAAUACUGAGCUUCAUUUUGAAAUGGCAAUGAGAGACCAAGUCAUACAUGAUCAGAGAGAAGCAAUCAGGACCCUUUGGAAUUUGCUUUUGGGAUUAGGACUCGACGAACAACAAAUUACAGAUCUGGCUGCUAAACAAGGUAUCAAAAUAGAAGUAUCUUCUCCUCGAGCAAGUUACCUAAGCAUGAAGCAAUCACCAGUGGGUUACCACGCCAAAAUCCCGCCAUUCAUACAUCCUAGUUCAAACUCUCAAAUAUAUCCUUCUAAUGCUUGCAUCUUCCAGCAACACCAAGGUUGUAGCUCCGUAGCUUAUGUGAGAUCCCAAACCAACAAUCCUACUGUCUGCAGGGAGGAGCACUCUAGUUCUUAUUAUUCACACUCGCACAAUCACUCACACUUAUUUUCCGGAUUGGGAGAAAGAGGGUCCGGCAGAAGACUGAGUCCAUCAUUCUAUACGCCUGAAAAAACUACCCAAGAUGCAAGCAGCUUCUACCCGGCAGUGAAAUCUCUACCAUCCUUUUGCAGCAAAGAACAGUCAUCUUCUGGCAAGGAUUUGUUCAAUCAACCAAAGCGAGAACCAUGGUUUCCAUGUAGGCAGAAUCUGGAGGGUUGUUCCGUGACUGGAUCGAACCACCAACACUCCUACGAUGAACUAGCAAGCUAUGGUGGUGCCAAUUGUGGAUUACAUGAUAAUUGUCGUCUCCGCCACUCAUCGACAAGGCAUCCAGAUUUUGUGCCAUAUGAUACAGUCGGUCGUCGGACCAUCUCGUCUAUAAAUACCCUAAACCUGAAAUGGAGCAGCAAGCAGUCGCCGGAGGUAGCUAGUGGCGAUGGUGAGGGGGAGGAAGACGACGAGGGGCAAGCAGAAGAUCGAGAUCAAGAAGAUCGAGGACGAAGAUGCGCGUUACAUCAGCUUCUCGAAGCGCCGGAACGGGAUCUACGCCAAGGCCAGCGACCUCGCCACCCUCUGCGGCGUCGAGAUCGCCGUGGUCGUCUUCUCCCCCACCGGCAGGCCCCACUCCUUCGGCAGCCCCUCUGUCAUGUCCAUCAUGGAUUGAUUCGUCUCCGGCGACCCCUACAGGAUGCCCAACGCGAUCGCCGGAAUCUACCAACGAAAGCAGAUGGUGAAGGAGCUGAACCAGCAGCUGACGGAGGUGGUCAGAGAAUUCGAGGAGAUCAAGGCGCAGCGGGCGGCCCUGGAGCAACGCCGCGCGGAGGCCAUCAAGGGCUUGGAGUGGAUGGACAACAUCGCCGGCAUGGGCCGCCAGGAGCUCUUCAAAGCGAUGGAGUUUCUCGAGAAUAUCAAGUUCCGCGCGGAAGCCCGAUUGAGGGAGCACCUGAGCAUGGCCGGCGCAGGCAACACCAGCGCGGCCGGCGGCAGAAACGCCCUUGUGCCCAGAAACGUCGACGCCUUCUCUGCACCGGCGAGCCAAACUCCCGUCCUCAGAGGUGGUGGUGGAGCUGGAGGAUAUGUGAACGCGACUCCCUUCAAUGGAGGAGGACUUCUCGGUGCUUACAACUACAUGAGCAUCUUGACCUCCGUGCAUCGAGGAGUAUACGUCAAUCCAGCUUCCAUCCAUGGAGGAGGCUUCCCUAACUCCCUAGCCAUUAGAGGCGGCGGCGGCGGCGGCGCUGCCGGCGGAUAUAUGAUUCCUCUGACAGAUUCUCUUGCGGCGGCAGAGUCGGAGCCAAACCCACAAGAU